AUGGCUAUAUCUGGAGAAAGGCGUGCAGCUAUAUCUAGAGAAAGUCCUUUGUCAUUAGGACAAACUCUGAGUUCCCCUAGUGGAUCUUAUGAGUUAGGAUUCUUCACUCCUAACAACUCUCAGAAUCAGUAUGUCGGGAUCUGGUUCAAGAAAGUUACACCACGGGUGGUUGUGUGGGUGGCUAACAGAGAAAAGCCUAUCACAAACCCUGUGGCAAACCUCACUAUCAGCGGAAAUGGGAGCCUUAUCUUGCUUGACAGCAGGAAAAAUGUUGUCUGGUCAACCAGAAAAGCUUCCACAUCUAACAAGUGUCACGCAAAGCUCUUAGAUACAGGCAAUCUUGUCAUCAUCGAUGAUGCUUCAGGAAAUCUGUUGUGGCAAAGUUUCGAAAAUCCUGGUGAUACCUUGCUGCCUCUCUCAUCUCUGAUGUACAACCUUGCCACUGGGGAGAAGCGAGUAUUGACUUCUUAUAAAAGCCACAAUGAUCCAUCUCCUGGUGAUUUUGUAGUUCAGUUGACGCCACAAGUACCAGCACAGAUUGUUACUAUGAAAGGCUCGAAGCUUUAUAAGAGGAGCGGUCCAUGGGCUAAGACCGGGUUCACUGGCGUUCCACAAAUGGAUGAAUCAUACACAAGUCCAUUUAGCCUUUUCCAAGAUGUAGGAAAUGGAACAGGGUCCUUCUCUUAUAUACAGAGAAAUUCUGAACUUACACGAGUUAUCAUAACAUCAGAGGGAUAUCUAAAGACUUUUCGGUACAAUGGGACAGGCUGGGUUUUGGACUUUGUGACUCCAGCGAAUUCAUGUGAUCUGUACGGUGCGUGUGGACCUUUUGGGUUGUGUGUGACGUCCAUUCCCAUAAAGUGCAAAUGCAUGAAAGGGUUUGUACCAAAACACAAGGAGGAGUGGAAGCGCGGUAACAUGACUUCUGGAUGUGUGAGACGUACAGAAUUAUCUUGUCAGGCAAACUUAUCUACAAAGACACAAGGAAAAGGCGGAGACGUCUUCUAUCGUCUGGCCAAUUUAUGUUUUGUGUUAAAAUCUCAGUUGGAAGCAGGAGAACAAAGAUUAUUGCUGGCAUGGGAAUCUUGGCUCGAGACCGGUGGAGUGGAUCUAUUGGAUCAAGAUAUUACCAGCUCGUGUUCUCCGGUUGAAGUUGCUCGGUGUGUUCAGAUUGGUCUACUCUGCAUCCAACAACAAGCUAUUGACAGACCAAACGUUGCACAAGUAGUGUCAAUGAUCACGACUGAAACCGAACUUCCGAUACCAAAACAACCAGUAUUUGCAUUGCAGAUUCAAGACCAUGAGAGUGGUGUCUCAGUCUCCGAGUCUGUGAAUGAUUUAACACAAACUGCGAUACAUGGGCGAUAAAAGUUUCCCAGGACUACUUUAUAUAGAGUUGAUUUAUUCACAUUACAGCUCUGUUUCUCCUUUCAUGUCUUCCGUGUGAAUUGCUCCAGUAUUUCUUUCACUUAGAUUAUACAGAGUACAUAAAUAACAAAACUCAAUCAUUGGAAUAUGUUAAGUACUAAAAAAUUGUUAGUA